AGCUUGGGCAGGCUGCCCAACGGUGCAGGGCAUCGUGGUCAACGUCCAGCGUUGACUCCUGUCUCUGCCAUGGGCCGCCGCCCUGCUCGCUGUUACAGGUAUUGUAAGAACAAGCCGUAUCCCAAAUCUCGUUUCUGCAGAGGUGUUCCCGAUUCCAAGAUCCGCAUCUUUGACCUGGGUCGGAAGAAGGCCAAAGUGGAUGAGUUCCCACUGUGCGGCCACAUGGUGUCGGAUGAGUACGAGCAGCUGUCCUCAGAAGCCUUGGAGGCGGCCCGCAUCUGUGCCAACAAGUACAUGGUGAAAAGUUGCGGCAAAGACGGCUUCCACAUCCGAGUGCGGCUGCACCCUUUCCACGUCAUCCGCAUCAACAAGAUGUUGUCCUGUGCCGGUGCUGACCGCCUGCAGACGGGGAUGCGAGGCGCCUUUGGGAAGCCCCAGGGUACAGUGGCGAGGGUCCACAUCGGCCAGGUCAUCAUGUCCAUUCGCACCAAGCUGCAGAACAAGGAGCAUGUGAUUGAAGCCCUACGCAGGGCCAAGUUCAAGUUCCCUGGUCGCCAGAAGAUCCACAUCUCCAAAAAAUGGGGCUUUACUAAGUUCAAUGCCGACGAAUUCGAAGACAAGGUGGCCGCCAAGCGUCUCAUUCCGGAUGGUUGUGGGGUCAAGUAUGUCCCCAGUCACGGCCCUUUGGACAAGUGGCGAGCUCUGUACGCCUGAGCUUGUCCGGGACACUGCAUCCUGGGACCAUGCCAGUCCAAUGGUGGUCUGCGAUAGACCGUGUUCACCGACAGAAACUAUAAUCUUUUAAAGCAUUUAAGAUUUUAAAUCUAAAUUUCAGCAUGUAGACUGCUAGGGAAAUGUUUAUGUUAACAAAGAAACAGGAAACGAUAGUGUCUUUGCUUAAUUAAGACACAGUUCA